UCUUCUUCUUAGAUGACCCCUGUUAUAUUCUUGUAAUCGAACGAGACUCGAACAUUAUAAACCUUUGAAAGCAUAUUUCAUAUAAUUUGGAGUUAAAGGCUUGGAUGUUGUUAGAUAUUUUUCACUUACACGAACGGGGAACUAUUUAACCUAGUCGGGAGAAGUACAACGUGUAGCUAGCAACAUGUCCGACCCAUCUGCCAAGACACCGGCGACAGCGUUGGGUACGGCUACUACGGGUGCUACCGCUGGGCCAGUAGUAUCUCCAGCAGCAGACGCUCCCUCGUCCCAAUAUCAGAUAUCACAGACUAGUAGUCCCCAUAUUCUUCCCGCGUCGCAUUGGGCUCAUUUACCACCCGUUAACGUGCGCGAGGAUGAUGAUUCUUCCUUUGAAGAUGCCGCCAGCUCGACCGCAUCCUUAACUGCUAGUAUCCUCGAGUAUCGGACUGUUCAUGGUCGCACAUAUCAUAGCGAACGCGGUAACGCGUUAUCCUGGGGCCCCAACGAUGCUAUUCACGAUGAGUCCAUGGAUAUCUUUCAUCAUACCGCGACGAUAAUGCUGGAUGGGAAAAUCCUUGCUGCUCCUCUUAGUGACGACGUUCAAAAAGUAUUAGACGUGGGUUGCGGUACUGGGAUAUGGGCGAUUGAUUUUGCUGAUCAGUAUCCUAACGCCGAAGUGAUCGGUGUCGACGUUUCACCGCAGCAGCCGCAAUGGAUCCCGCCUAACCUAAGAUUCGAGGUUGACGACGUAACACAGCCGUGGACGUACGAGCCUAAUAGCUUCGACUAUAUUCAUAUACGUUGGCUAGUGGGUGCUAUUCUAGACUGGUACGCCCUAUUCAGAGAAGCCUACCAGGCCCUAAAGCCCGGCGGAUACUUGGAGAGUCAGGAAUCUUCGUGUAUGAUCACGAGCGACGACGGCACAGUUAAAGACGGGUCCCCUCUAGAUCAGUGGAGCAAGGUAUUUUCAGAGGCUGGAAAGAAGACAGGUCGCACGUUCAACGUUAUAGAAGAUGACUUGCAAAGGAAAGCGAUGGAGGCUGCGGGCUUCGAAAUCACUUAUGAGACCGACAUCAAGACCGCAUUAAGUGGGUGGCCGCGAGACGAAAAACUUAGACAGAUUGGCUUGUACACCGGGCUUGCUGUAGGACAGGACAUUGAAGGAUUCUUGACUUACUUGUGGACUAUGGUCAUGGGCUGGACCCCGUCGGAGAUCCAGGUCUAUGCUGCACAUCUACGACGCGAUAUGCGCUCGCCUGAUGUACACGCCUAUUACCCUACGAGAAUAAUGGUUGGUCGAAAACCUCUGACGGCAGGGACUACCUCGUGACGACUACAUGUUUAUAUAUUUCUUCUAUAUAUACGUGUAGUCCCCAAAGGCUUCUUUCUAUACGGCAUUUAUUCAUUUGAAUAGAAUGGAAAGCAGAUAAGCGCAUAGGUAACACGGGAGCCAGCAGAUAUCGAAUACGCUGGAUACGUACCUAACCUGAGAAUCCCGGAAACAGUCUGGUGGCUGUUUUAUUGGAUGAUGAAGGAUUUCUUCCUUGUAUAAGACAUAGCUUCCGAAUGGAAAAAAAAAGUUAAAAAAAAGUUGAAAAAAGUUGAAAAAAGAAAAAGCAAAAAAACCUAUAACGAAACGUAAAGUAUGAAUCUAACCUCUGUUCUGAUACAUCAAGACUCGUUAAAUAGUGGCUGGUGGUGAAUAGCCAUAUCUAGAGGCCGAUCCGUACAGUUGUAACUUUCCACGAGCACAUGGCAAC